UCUCAUAGCCACGGCAUGACUAUCAGAAUUGAUGUUUACGCAUGCGUGUUCAAUAUUGGGAGAUUAAUGCAGAUAUUGAUCGUCAGCCACUUAACUACAUACCGUCCCUUGUAUACCAAUUAGAAUUAGCUUACAACAGAGAGGUUAUUCGAGGUCAAGACGUCGGCAUUACCAAGGCGAUAGUUCUGAUCAUGCGUUCAUUCACCAGGCAUCCAUGUUAGCAUUGGAUUUGAGCAGACGACAUUUGAUAUAGCAGCCUAACGAAGACGCCUAGCAGACGACAAGGGGGGCGUACUGCUGGACAGAAACGUUGGGUUAUGUAACAUGUGAGCCAAUUUGGAAGAAAAGAACAAUGGCGAAAAAUUACAAAAUUUCCAUGUCAUUGAGGAAACAGGAAAAUGAUGAACCAGUUUAUCAUAAACAAGACGGAGAGAGGUUCUCAAAGUCUCAGACGGUCAAACUGAAUGUAAACACGGACUAUUGGAUAAAGCUGACUAUUAGACCAUCCAUGAUUCUCCGUGGCCUGGUGGUACACGGUGUAAGAACGGAGUUUGUCCCUGAUACUCCCACUAAAUCAAUGGACGAGGAUGCGGUGUACUAUAAAGCUAAGUUUAGUACAGUCAACUUUGACACACACAACCGAGGAAAGAGGAAAGAUCUCACAUUUUUGUUUGAGUUUGAUCAUGGCGUCACUAUGAAGACUAACGUCCAAAUAAAGCUUUACGAAACUGGAGAAACCGAACACUCAUCGUGGGGCCAGGCUCUCACUCUCAUAGACUACGACUGUAAAGUCGCGGACGGACAGACUUAUGUUGAUAUAGUCAAGGAAAAAUACCUUUAACUGGAUAAAACCAUAAUUAUUCUCAACUACGACCCCAAUAGGUACGAUGCAAACAGUAGGUCAACCUAUCAUGCCGAAACGAAAUUGGCAUCGCCAAGAAGUAUGAGUUCAUCAGCGGAUAUGGCUUUCGACCUUUCUGUGAAACCCAAAACCUAGGUGAUACGAUAGGAAAGUCACCGAACUUAAAUCCUCCCAUCAGUAUUGCGUCAGAAAGGCAUGGAAGGAAGUACGUUAGAUAAGGACUGUGACAUAAAUAAGGGAUGAUUUAACAAAAUGGCGAGGUGGGGUUGUUAGUCUACUGAUAACAGAAUUGCGGAAAAUAUACAAAAAGGCUGGAAUGAAUCGUUCUGAUCGCAUGUACUAUGUAAAGUACUUUUUGGCGUCUGUAUACUCGAGGGUUUCUAUUCAAGAUUUUAUUGUAAUUAGUUUACUUCGAGGACGAGUCGGUGGUGCUUCAGAAUGAACUGGAAGAUGAAAUAAAGAAGGAUCCCUCCACUUGUUGCUAUAACUACCGGAUUCACAUCUAAUGGACGUUUUGACAAACAGUACAUAUGGUGUUAGCAAAGGUAUAAAGGGCUGCCAAAUGAUCGUGAUGCCAUAAAUGUAUUCACUCCUAUAUGAGGUGAUGUAACGAUUUUACUGAAAGAAAUUAUGGUGAAUAAUUUGCCAGUGAUAUAUGGGAUUAUUAGAAUGUUCGAGGGAAUUCAGUUUUAUUUGUAACACACUGAAAAGAAAAAAAAUGUUACCACUAAAUGAUAAUGUCAAAGUGUCGAGCCGACUAUCACUAUGAUCAUGUCAGGAUAUCGGGCCGACCACCACUGUGAUCAUGUCAGGAUAUCGGGCCGACCACCACUGUGAUCAUGUCAGGAUAUCGGACCGACCACCACUGUGAUCAUAUUAGGGUAUCGGGCCGACCAUCACUAUGAUCUUAUCAGGAUAUCGGGCCGACCACCACUGUGAUCAUGUCAGGAUAUCGGGCCGACCACCACUGUGAUUAUGUCAGGAUAUCGGGCCGACCACCACUGUGAUCAUAUUAGGGUAUCGGGCCGACCAUCACUUCGUUAUUGAAACAUUCUUUUUAAGAACUUGGAUGUGGUGCAGUGGUAUAAGCUGCGGGUUUGUUUUCUGACUAAGCGACUCACACAAGAUUAAAACGCUAAGAUGAGAAGCAUGCUAACUAAAAUAUCAGAAAUAAAACCAGUAUUUGUCUAUAUUACAGAAUAUAUAAUUAUAACGUGUACCAAAAUAAUACGGCAUCGUUAUUUAAGGUCGUGCAAUGUUGUUCAAAUUUUUUUUUUAAAUCAAAAACAAGAGUUCAAUGAGAAAGAGGGUGUGUGUACUGUGUGUACAUACCUCCUCUGUACUUAUUGAAACGGGUAAAAUAGAGACCUGUUGUCUACAUCUUAGUUUGAAUGUUUGCUGAAAUAUUGCCUCUGUUAAUUUGAUCUAUACGGUUAUUGAAUAUCAAAUAACUCCACGUUACUACACACACGUGGUUUAUCGCGAUAUCUCGUGUACAGAUGUGACAUUAUUGAAAUGAGGUGUAUAAUGUAUAAUGUACUACUGUAUAUUUGGAAAUAAUAUUCAUUCUGUUGACUUGGCAUAGGACACAUAAUGUAACAUAACAUUGUGUGAUUUCCAGUCAAUUUAAAAACCAAAACUAUCACAUCAGUCCCAUUUGAACAAAAAUAUAUUCCUAAAUGUAAAUUAGAUUUUACUGUAUUAUUUAUAAACUAUCUGUGUAGUUUUUAUUUUAUUUUUACAGUUUUACUAUUUUAAAAUGUGUACACACGUAGGCCCAAACGAUAAUACGUGUUUCGGUAGGAAUUCCAAUUCAUAUACGUUUUAGAUAUAGUUGGCAUAUUAAAUAUGGAUUUGGGUCAUUCGUCUUGUUUCAUUGGGCAAUCUAGAUUGCAUGUACUUACUGCUGGGAAAUCUAGAUUGAAUGUACUUACUGCUUACGAUUGCAAUCUACAUGUGUAUUACAUCAGAUCGAGGAGGAACUACAUCAGUAUUUCAUAUCAUAUCGUUACUAUUAUAAAGAAUUAAUUUCAUGUGAAUAAUUAAAAACAAACACUUGCUUCAUAUGUAAAAAUGAAAGAAAUACUCUUAAUAGUAAUCAAAUAUAUCAAAACAAAUAUCAGAAAAAAUCUUGAAAAAAUAUGUGGGUACAAAACGGCAAAAGAAAAUUGUUUUGCAAACAAACAAAAAGCAAUUACAAGUUAAACUUAAAAUGGUGAAAAACAUACCGGAGAUAUUGCUUAUAUUUAAUAUAUAUGAUAAUUUAAUUUCAAAUAACUCCACGUUACUACACACUCGUGGUGUAUCGAGAUAUUUCGUGUAUAGAUGUGACAUUAGUGAAAUGAGGUGUGUGAUGUGUGUAUGUACUACUGUUAAUUCUGUGGACAUGGCAUAGGAAUCAUAAUGUAAUAUACACUUCAUAUUACAUUCCUGUCAUAACAUUGUGUGAUUUCUAGUCAAUUAAAAAGGCAAAACUAUCAAAUCAUUCUCAUUUCAACAACAAUAUAUUCCUAAAUGCCAAUUAGAUUUUUUACUAUUUUACUUUAAGCCUAACUGUACAGGUCCUAUCAUUUUUUUGUUUUUGCUAUUUUUGAUGGUUUGGUUGUGUCUAAUCGGAGUUACGCUAUGUAAUAUUGAGUGAGAUGGCAUUCUGAAUGGGUCUUUGUACAGUAUGGCUGUUAAGAAAUUAUUAUGUUUAAGGAAAGAGUGAUUCUACUUAUAUAGAAAUAUACACUAUGUAUUUACUCACGUAUAUGUAUGAGUGUACCUUUAUCGAAGGUCAUUGUGGAGUGAUUUAAAAAAAAAACUGAUAUUAAGUAAUACAUAAUAACUUGAUUGAUCUUAAGAUGUGGUAAUCAACAUGUAAUUCAUUACAUGAAGAAUUCACAACUGACUGGUCAGAACGGUAAUUUUAGGAAGUUAAAGAAGUCUAGUAUUUUGGCCUUAACCUACAGACUAAUAAACAGUCUUAAACAACAACAAAAAAUUGACUUCAAAAUGAAGAAUGCAAACACAGUCCAGGGAGGUAACUCGUCAUUUCAAUACUGGUACAUAGAGUUGUACUAUUGGAUUAGUGAUACAUAAUUUGUGAUAUAUUUAUGUGGCGAAUUGUUGGUGUCUCAUCGCACAGAGAGGUUUUGUAUGACAUAUUAUCUGUAUAAGCUUUACUUUAAAUAUUUUCAUAUAGUUUUAUCAAAGAGUUGUAUAUAUAUAUAUUUAUGUUUUUAUUUGUAAUGCAGGUCCAUGUUAAUGAUAUUUAGUAUUAAAUGAUGUUUCCUUAUUUUGUGACGAGAGAAGCAGCGGUAAUUUCUGUUGAAGGUUGAAUCAUCAGUUAGCUUACUGUGACAGUAUAUGUAUUACUGUCGCUGAAGGGGAAACCAAAAACCGAUUAACGAUUUAUGAGUUCGGUAACUUAUAACAAUGUACAAAGGAAUGUAGUAAGCCCGACAAAUGUUAUGUCUUGUAUUGGUAAUUCUCGUGACAAACGGAUUCUAUUGAUGACAGUCUCUAUAGAUGUCAACGUACCUAUCACUUAACCUUUCAUCACGUUAUUGAUAUUAGUGAUAACAAUGAACAAUAACGUUUAUCAGAAAUAACAAAGAUAACUAUAUCACAAUUGUAAUUUAGUAGGAUAGUUUAUAAACUUUAUUAACUAGAAUCUUAAUCUUUAGAAGAUAUUAUAUAAAAUGUUGUAAGAUUUUUGUAUUACAGUAACCCGGAAUCAUUAAAAAUUGACGCCAAUUAAUCGGAUAUGAAAUGUUUAAAGUGUAUUUAUAAUGUUUUUGUAACUGGUGACAUACACAUAAUAAGUUCUUGGCGAUCAACGAUUUCAGUUAACUGUGGAGGUAGUGAGGAAUUUCGUAUGUGUUUAUCAUGUGUUGCUAUUUACCAAAAACGAGAAAUAAACGUGCAAUAUAUGA